GGGUAAUUGCUCAUGUUUUUUUAUUAUUUUUUUCAUUAAACUUGCCGCAUAUUCAGUUAUAUCAACCAUUUGUCUCAUUUCUGCAUAAUAUAUUAACUCGCUUUAUACCGGAACUUUUAUUCACUUUAUUCACUCUGGCAUGCUUGACUUUUUAAAUCUCCUUUUAAACUUCUGAGAUAAUUAUUUUUAUAUGAACCGUGUGACUGUGAAGUGGUUGGAAAAGAAGAUUAAUGAGAAAAAAGAGUAGAAUGAACUGUUAUAGAAAGGAUGAACGAUACAACUUUUGUAACAAUGACAACCUCCCAGAAAUCAACAAUUUUACAGAAAUUAAUUUUCCACAACUUAACAACAUUACAGAUCUCAAAUUUUUUAAUGAACUUAACCUUGAUGAAAUUAAUAACUUUACUAAAAAUAUUAAUAAAAAUAUUACCGAAAAUUACACAGAAAACACUAGAGAAAUUACUACAGAUAAAAUUACAGAAACCAUUGGAGAACCCAGCGUUAGAAGUAUGGAUAGCCGAGGGAUAGAGAGAGUAAAUUAUAUGAAUAUGGAGAAAAAAUUUAAGCCGGACAGGUGUGUGUGUUUGGACAUAUACCACCGAGAAAUCGGACCGGAGAGUUAUGAACAAUACAAGGAGAAUGAAACCUUGGUGACUACGUUUAAACAAGACUGCGCUAAAAUAAAAUAUGAAGGUUAUGUACUUUUUGACGUGCUUUUGACGCCAGGAUUUGGACUGGUGAAUCAAAUGAUAUUUAACGGCUACGACAGUAAAAUUGAGCUAAUUUCUGGCACAGACAGAAUUAUAAUUAACUGUAUUGGAGCUCAGUUGACCCUGUCUAGACCUGGAACUAACGGUAGCUUAAUCCCACUGAGACCUUCAUCGUACGAAAUGAUAAAAUGUGAAGGUGACAGAUCACUUACGACACUGACUGGGAAGGAAAUUUGUACCCAUGUAGCGUUAAACGGAGUGCCUAAAUGGCGAGGUACCGUUGACGGUCCGAAGUUAAUCAGUAUCUUCAAUGACCAAGUGAACCCAAUGUUAAUUUUAAGAUUCCCAAAGUGCUUUUUACUCAUUACAUUACCUGAUGAAAGUCUUAGUUACACGAUUCCUAUACCGCCGAUUAGAGCAUUCUAUGACUUUAAUGGCCAGGAAACAGUGAUACCAGAUGAAGUUAUUGAGCUGAAAGUCUCGGAUAAAAAUAGCAUCUCAUUCACUUUUGACAGGAAAAUCACAAUUAAAAAGGUUAAAUUAUCGAACUUUAAACUCUUAUCCGAUGAGUCUGACGGGUUUAAAAUUAAAUCUGUAGAAUAUCACGACAUUGACAAAAAGUUAAUUUACCGCACUGAAAAAGAAGCUAUCACACAUUACCUCACCGAGGGACAUAAGAAUUUAAUCACCAAGCUAAGCGAAAAAGAAUGUUCAAUAGUUCUUGAAGGAGUUAUCAGACGAUAA